AAAGUAUCCAAGCACCGAGAACCCAACACAAAAAGGAAAGCACAGGCAAGUAUAAUAAUAAAUAGAUCACAAAAGACAAUAACUGGAGAUGAUCUACUUUGGUACCUCAAAAAAAUAAAACAUCCAUUGUCCACGGGUAUUUCUCUGUCUCAUUAAAACCUACCGGUCCACAUUGCACUUUGGAUUCUACGCGCUCUGUUCUUUGGAAUCCUUCUUCAAUUCCAGUGAAUAUUGAUUGGUAUUUAAAGCUUUAUUUCACUUGCUUCCUUUCCUUAGGUGCUGUCCUAUCCUUCCGAUACGAGUUCAUUGCGAUUGUAAAGUUGCACGACCGUUAUGAUUCAAGCAUUGCCAUAAACGAGAACCAACCAACAGACUGCCAUUGAUCGCACCUCUUAAGCUUUGAAGCAUACGAUGCUGGCUUUGAACGACUUUCACGAACAACUAUAAUGUCACCAACAUAUCAAAAUUUACAGCCUCACGCGCGCGACUCUUUAGAAUUGGCUAGUUUAGCAUCGAGUUCCCCAGGCGCGAGAUCAUCAACAGAUUCAUUAUCAUCAGAUGCCGGUAUAUCCUCAUCGCGGAAGCUUUCACUCGAGGAAGAUGAUCCUCUAGAUGACCGAAAUCCCGCCGCGAAUGGUCGGCCUGGAAGAGGACAUGACAGAACAUAUUCUGUCUCUUCGGCCUUCGACUUUUCUUCCAACCUUUACCCUCUGUCUUCUACCGCAGGAGGUUAUGCGCCAAUCGGAGCCCCUAUUUCUACGACAAAUGGCCAAACUGCUUUAGGAGGAGGAUCGUUGGAAAAACAUAAGACUUUGACAUAUCUGAACGGUUUGUCAUUGAUAGUUGGCUUGAUAAUAGGGUCCGGGAUUUUUUCCUCGCCGAGUCAGGUCAAUGCAAAUGCAGGAUCACCAGGCGCAUCAUUGAUUGUAUGGGCAAUAGCAGGAAUAUUAGCAUGGACUGGCGCGUCAAGUUACGCGGAACUGGGAGGAGCAAUACCAUUGAAUGGCGGCGCACAAAUAUAUCUUUCCAAGAUUUUUGGGGAGAUUUUUGGGUUCUUGUUUACAUGGUGUGCGGUCAUCGUUCUGAAGCCUGGAUCGACCGCCAUUGUAUCGAUAAUAAUGGGAGAAUAUUUGGUACGGGCAUUCAUUGGGGCUGAGGCUGAGAAUGUCAACGUUUGGAUUAAUAAGAGCGUGGCAUUGAUUGGAUUGUUUUCCGUUACCUUUUUAAAUUGUAUAUCUACAAAGUUGGGCACGAGAAUGGGAGAUAUGUUCAUGUUUAUGAAGUUUAUUGCAUUGCUUGGAGUUACAGUCAUUGGUGUUGUGGUAGCCCUUACUGGCUUCUCUACAUCAGGAAAGGCAAAUGAGGAUUGGAAGAAUCACGGAUGGUUCGAGGGAACUAGUAGUAGCGCCUCAUCAUGGGCCGUUGCAUUAUAUGCUGGAUUGUGGGCCUUUGACGGUUGGGAUAAUACAAAUUACGUGGUUGGAGAGUUCCGGAACCCUACUCGGGACUUGCCAAGAGUCAUCCAUACAGCCAUGCCAUUAGUCAUUCUCUCCUAUAUCCUCGCUAAUGUCGCCUAUUUCUUCGUCCUACCUUUGAAAGCUAUCAAUUCUUCCAAUACAGUUGCAGUUAUAUUCGGAAACAAGGUAUUUGGUCCCAUUGGAUCAUUAAUACUUGCACUUAUUGUCAGCGCAAGCUGUUUUGGAGCUCUAAAUGCAACAGCCUUCACUAGUGGACGAUUAGUCUAUGCAGCUAGCAAAGAAGGUUAUCUACCCGCUAUGUUUGGCAAAAUUGGGUUCGGAAACCAAGCGGAGCCUUCUGCCAACACUCUCCGAACACGCAAUUGGGCAUCAAAGAAAUUGGCCAGAUUCUUUGGUGACGAAGACACCGGGCUCUUCUUCACACCCGUAAACGCCAUGAUUCUCAACGCUCUCUUAACAGCAGUCUAUGUCGCUGUCGGCGAAUUCGGUACGCUAGUCACUUUUUACGGUGUCGCUGGCUAUACAUUCUAUUUCUUCACAGUCCUAGGCCUCAUUGUUCUUCGCGUUCGUGAACCUAAUCUCGAACGUCCUUACAAGACUUGGAUUACCACCCCCAUAAUCUUCUGCUGUGUGAGUUUAUUCCUCCUCAGCAGAGCAGUCUUUGCGGAACCAAUUCAAACGCUCAUUGUUGUCGCGUUUGUACUCGCGGGUGUGCCGAUAUACUACUGGCGGAUUCGCGGACGAGAUCAAGUCUCCAAGAGAGAGAGAAGUAGUAGUGGGAGUGGGAGUAGCUGGAAAUUCUGGCAGAGGGGUUCAGGUUAGUUAGAAGGCUUAUCAUGGUAUAUGGUCGCGCUUCACAUCCAUCACUGAUCAAGAUGGAGGAAUGAUUGAUGAAGGAUAGACAGACAUGAGAAAGCUAGAAAGAAAGACGAAGAAACGAGAAGAAACAAGAA